AUGCCCAUGUCCGGUCGCCCAUGUCCAAUUACUCACGCGAUCCUCAUCCCCAGUUACCCAUACCAGGUUACCCAUAUCUACUUUUCCAUACCAGGUUACCUAUGCACGCUUACCCAUACCAGGUUACCCAUGUCUACUUUCCCAUACCAGGUUACCCAUAUCUACUUUCCCAUACCAGGUUACCCAUAUCUACUUUCCCAUACCAGGUUACCCAUAUCUACUUUCCCAUACCAGGUUACCCAUAUCCACUUUCCCAUACCAGGUUACCCAUAUCUACUUUCCCAUACCAGGUUACCUAUGCACGCUUACCCAUACCAGUGUCCAUACCCAGUUACCCUUACCGAGUUACCCAUACAAAGCUACCCAUACAAAGCUACCCAGAUGAUACCCAUACCCAGCCAUAAACACCCAUUUACCCACGGAUACCCAUACCAAGUUACCCAUACCCAGCCACCCACACCCAUUUACCCAUACCAAGUUACCCAUACCCACUUACCCACGCGAUACCCAUAA